AUGCUGACGCUGAUCGUCGUCGCCGCUUUCUUCGCGGGGGUACGGACAGAGUCACUGUGUCCCCAAACAUCCUCCGUCGCCUGGGUGGAGGACAAAACCGAUUGUUCUAGUUUCUAUAUGUGCUACCAAGGACGACAUUUUAAGUACAUAUGUCCAUCAGGUCUCGUUUGGGAACCGGACAGCCGGAUGUGCGUCAUCAAGGGAUCAGCCGAGGAUAAAUGCACGACUCCAGCUAAAGUCCAAAAGCCGUGUGUGUCCGGCGUCCGUGCACGUGAGUCACAUCAGGAGAACUGUGCCAAAUAUUAUGAAUGUGGCGUGUCGCGUGUCGCAGGACCCAGUACUCCUACCCUGAUGGAAUGUCCAUACCCUCUCCUCUUUGAUGAACAGAAGGAUCGCUGCGAGUUUCCAGAAACUGUGAAAUGUGACAACCGGGUGGAACCUACAGAUCCAUGCGAAUAUGACGUCAACAAGUGUGAAAGUGCAGAUUGUCCGCCAUGCUACGUGCGUUUCCCCAGUUGUAAAGGUCUACCGGAAGGUCUCAACCCCUGGAAGGGUAAGGAGUGGACUCCACAUUACACUGUGUGCAAAAAGGAACGUGUUGUCUAUACUGGAAUGUGCCCCAAGACGGACUCUGGAAAACAACGCAUGUUUAAUCCUGACGAACGCGCAUGCGUGGAGCCAACGAUCCUCACCUUCUCUCAGCCCUAA